CAAAAGCACCGUUCCCCGUCGAACGCGUGGUGGUCGAAACCCCGCGACGUGGCGGAGACGAAGCCCUAGAGCGUAGCGGCGGCGGAGGCGGAGGAGCGGCGGCGAUGCGGCGGCGGCGGACGCGGUGGUCGGCGGCGGCGGCGAGCGCGUGGAUCCAGUCCUCGGCGGGGGGCUCGUACUGCUUCGGCGCGUACUCGGCGGCGCUGAAGGCGAGCCAGGGCUACGACCAGUCGACCCUCAACGCCGUCUCCUUCUUCAAGGACGUCGGCGCCAACGUCGGCGUCCUCUCCGGCGCCCUCGCCUCCUCCGCCGCCGCCCGCCGCCGCCCCUGGCUCGUCCUCCUCGCCGGGGCCGCCCAGUGCACCGCCGGCUACCUCCCCAUUUGGCUCGCCGUCGCCGGCGCCACCCCGCGCCCGCCCGUCGCCGCCAUGUGCCUCUACAUGCUCGUCGCCGCCCACGCCCAGACCUUCUUCAACACCGCCAACGUCGUCACCGCCGUCGAGAAUUUCCCCGACCGCCGCGGCACCGUCAUCGGCAUCAUGAAGGGCUUUCUUGGACUAAGCGGAGCAAUACUUGUUCAGAUAUAUCGCACGGUGUUCGGUGGCAACCCGAGCUCUUUCAUUCUGAUGCUAGCAAUACUCCCUACUUCCCUUACGUUGCUGCUUAUGUUUUUUGUUGAAGUUUAUCCCGAAAACAAAGAAUACAACAAGAAAUUCCUCGAUGCUUUCUCACUCAUCGCCUUGUUGGUUGCUGGUUACCUUAUGUUCAUCAUAAUUGGGGAGUGCAUUUUCACACUUGGAUCAUCCGCCCGAACUGUUACUUUAGCAAUUCUCCUCCUGUUGCUCCUCUCGCCACUAGUCAUUGUAGUUAAAGCCGAAAAGAUGGAAUCAGAAAAGCCAGAAGAAUGUGAACAGCUCUUAGCAGAAAGCACCUCCAUGAACAAACCACCCUUCAACAGGGAGCUCGAGCCAUCCAAUCAAGAUGUUGCACGGAUCUUGAGCACAGAAAACCCUAAUUUAUUGGAAGCCAUGUGCACCUUUAAUUUCUGGUUGUUAUUCCUAGCCAUGGCAUGCGGAAUGGGCUCUGGCCUAGCCACCGUAAACAACAUAGGCCAAAUUGGAGGCUCGCUCGGCUACACAAGUGUAGAAACAGGUACCUUAGUAUCUCUAUGGAGUAUAUGGAACUUUAUAGGGCGGUUUGGUGCUGGUUACACCUCCGAUCAUUUCCUCCGCUCAAAAAGCAUGGGUCGCCCUUUGUUCAUCUCUCUAACUCUUCUUACAAUGAGUGUGGGCCAUUUAAUAAUCUCUUCCGGCCUUCCUGGCUCUCUAUAUGCUGGCUCUGUUCUAGUUGGGCUUUGUUAUGGUUGUCAGUGGUCUUUGAUGCCGAGCAUCACGUCGGAGAUUUUCGGGCUUCGGCAUUUUGGGACCAUCUUCAACACCGUGGCCAUCGCGAGCCCGUUCGGAUCUUACAUUCUCUCUGUGAGGGUGGUGGGGUAUAUAUAUGACAGGGAGUCAUCUGGCCACCAUGCAUGCAUGGGUAAGCACUGCUUCAUGCUGUCCUUCUUGAUAAUGGCUUGUGUUUGUGUUUUAGGAUCUGCUGUUGCCUUUGCUUUGUUCUACAGAACAAGGAGGUUUUAUAAGCAGGUUAUAUAUCCAAGACUACAAUCUAUGCUUUUAGAGUAAGAACUAAGAAUGUGUUAUCACCUCUUCUACUGUGUAGAUGUGCAUGUAAAAAUGGGUAUGUUUUGUUCUUUUUUCCUUACAGUAAAAUAAAUGGUUGAUUGCUUCUUUGAUGA